AUGACUUUAUUAAUUCAGCAAACGUUAGCCCAACAACGACAUGACGAUAGAAAGUCUGAAGUUGAUAAAAGUAAAGGUAAGGAGAAAGAAAGGGCUGACACCUCAAAACCCAAAACCGACCGAGUCUCUUUUAAAACCUUUCGUGGUAGCGGUGCUACUGAGUUCUCUGGGAAGGUUGAUCCAUUGGAAGCACUUGAAUGGAUAUUGAAUACUGAGAAGGUUUUUCGUAUCACCCGAGUGCAAUGUGAUGAUAAAGUGAAUUAUGCCACGACCAUGUUCCAAAGUAGGGCCUUGAUAUGGUGGAAUGCUACUUUUGCAGCUUUAGAAAAGGAACCUGUAGACCACUUUAUAGACCGAUUACGAUCAGAGAUUCGAGAUGUCGUCGCCAAUCGUGAUAUUUCAGAGUUUGAGAAAGCGGUGGAAUAUGCACGACGGCGCGAACACGAUUUGACCCGCUCGGAUCGUAAUCCAGCUCCGCCAGCCAAGCGACCUCGAAUUGAAGGUGCCAUAUCUGCACCAACACAGCAAUUUUCUAGGAAUUUCAAUCCGAGAUACGCUCAAUCCCAAGUUAGAUCUCGACCUCAAUCUUGGUCCCAAGCUUAUACCCUUCAGUUAAAUGCUCCUCCACCCUGUUUUGUUUGCGGUAAGGCUCAUCGGGGCCGAUGCAACACUGUUCGCCCUGAAGUUAGAUGUCAUGGUUGUGGUGAAGUUGGACACGUGAGACCAAACUGCCCGAGGAGGGAUAUGACAUGCUACUCAUGUGGUGCUAUAGGCCAUCGUCAAAGAGAAUGUCCUCGAUCAAAACUCGAGGAAAGUAAGGCUUCUGUUCGCCGACCUUCUACUAGUGGUGCUGCUCGUCAAAAGGAGGAAGUACCGCGCGUCUAG